AUGGACUCUGUCUCUCAUAGGCCAUGGGAGUCUGUCUCGGGUCCGCAGACGCCUGCCUCGGCACAGACACUUCCGUCUAUCUCGACCUUGACAGCCAAUAUGAAUGGUGUACAUCCCGCUGAAAAAUCACCGGGAAAUGCCUCCUUGAAUACGAUUGAGCGAGACUCAGGAAACUGGUCCAUGCCACAGAGUACAAGUAGGCGCUCGAUGAAUAUGAAGAAGGUCCAGCGUGCUGACCUGCCAGGAUCAUCUACCUACUCAACCGCCACAAAUGGAACCGGCUCCAACUAUCCCUCUCUCACAUUUCUCACCACAACCUCACAACCUUCACCAAAUCGCGGUUAUGCUGCUCCUGCGCCAGACCGAUCGCCGUACUCGCAUGAUCAGAUUAUGACCCCUUCCUCCACCAACCAACACCCUUCUCCCAACUACAAUACCUCCAUGCCAAAUUCCGCCCUCCCUACCAUCAACCAGAAUUAUGACGCACAGUCCCACAGGGGCAGUAUGGUGACUGACAUCCCCGAGUCAAGGCGAAGUAGCAUUGAUAGUCGUGUGAAUCAAGGCAUCAGCUCUCUAGCCAUAAAUCAAGCAUCACCAUAUCACAGUACAAACGCGUCACAGUCCUCGAUCGUGUCCAACCUGCAGCGCGAAAGGGGAAUUUCGAACGAUAUGAAUUCUUAUCGAGGGCCACGCUAUUCCACCGGGAGUCAACAACCGCUGUCCCCGCUGGGACCUCGGCCGGGCGAUCAGCAUCGCAACUUUGCAGCAGGGAGGACAGCGCCUGCCAUCUCGUCUAACCCACGGUCUGAGAUUUACAACGCCGAAGCUCCCACGGCGGGUAUGGCAUAUGCCUUUCCUGAUCCGGACAUGGCACGGUCAAGCUCGAUGUCUUCUACAGAACAUCCACCUUUCUCGCGAAAAGGCAGCACGGCAGAAUCCCUGAGUAGUAUGUACUCAGAGUCUAUUAUGCCACGAGGACAAAGUGAACUGCCUCAAAACGUACACCACCAUUCCUUGCAACAUAAACAAGUGCGCGAUCUAAUUGGAGAAUCGGACCCAUCACUUGGCAACACCCCAUACAGCCGAACGCCAGAAUUACGCGUUACACACAAGUUGGCAGAGCGAAAGCGACGAAGUGAGAUGAAGGACUGUUUUGAAUCCCUGCGCAUGCGUCUCCCUUCAAGUCAGAACAACAAAUCCAGUAAAUGGGAAACCCUGACUCGUGCCAUCGACUAUAUCACCAGCCUAGAGAAAUCACUAGGUCAAGUGCGCCGAGAGGCAUCCCUCCUACGCACAGAAAACGACGAGCUCCGAGCUCAAUUAAACCAGGGACCAUCCCGACCCACCUCUAUCUUCGAGCAUCACUCAAUGUCCGCAACCCCCACCAAUGGACAGAAUCAAUUCUCCGGCUUUAGCAGCGGGCCUGUAUCUCAAGAUCAGCCUCGUACCUUGCCACCUCUCAUGAACGGAUCAGUGGCGAUGCAGGGCAUACAAUAUACCAACGAGCAACGUUAG